AUCCCUGAGUUUCACAUGGAUAACUACAGCAGUGAUGAGGACAUGGACACUGACCUUGACACCCAGCUUGUCAUCCAACAAAGUUUGCUGGAUCUCUACAAGCCAGGAACAGCUCCACACCCGGCAGAAGAUGAGAGAUCCCAUUCCUUGCCAAGUGAUGAUUAUAAGAAGAUAGUGGAAGCAAUAGAGGCAGGUAAGGAAGACGCAUUGGCACACUUAGCCAAGUACCAUUGUGCCUUUGAUGAAGCCAGCGGGGAUGGCUGGCUUCCUCUGCAUAAAGCAGCAGUGCAGUUAAAUAAGAACAUCUUAGAAAUAACCCUGAAUGCUUCCAAGCCCAGUGUGUGGGAACACACCAGCCACAAUGGUGAAACACCACUGUUUUUGGCUGUCAGCAGUAGCCUCCUAGAAAAUGCCCAUUUUCUCCUCCUCAAUGGCUGCAAUCCAAAUGCUAAGAACUUUGAAGGCAAUUCUCCUCUUCUUACAGCUGUUCUGAAAGACUCCUACGACAUGGCCACCUUACUGAUCAGCCAUGGAGCAGAUGUCAAUCUGCGAUGUGCCAAUGAGAGGACAGCUCUCCAUGAAGCUGCCAAGCUAGGCAGAAGGGACAUGGUAAAGUUGAUGCUGACUUCUGGAGCACACCCAGAUGCACGGAGCUCCUAUGGAUUUACUCCUCUUGCCCUCGCUGCUCAAGGCGGACACACUGAAAUCAUGCAACUAUUGCUGCAGAAAGGAGCUGAUGUUCACAGCCAGGCCUCUGAUUCUUCCUCCAUUUUACUUGAAGCCGUUAGAGGAGGGAAUCCAGAUUCUGUGACUCUCUUAUUAGAGUAUGGAGCGGAUGCCAACAUUCCUAAAGGCUCAGGCCACCUGCCUAUUCAUGUGGCCGCUGACAAAGGCCACUUCUUAGCUCUAAAGAUACUGAUCCCAGUUACAGAUUUUGCUGCCAUCAAGAGGAGUGGAAUCAGCCCAGUUCACUGCGCAGCAGCCGGGGCACACCCCAAGUGCCUGGAAGCUCUCAUCCAGGCUGGAUUUGAUGUGAAUUUCAUGCUAGAUCAGAGAAUCCGUAAACAUUAUGAUGACCAGAGGAAGUCAGCCUUGUAUUUUGCUGUUUCAAAUGGUGACCUCUCUUCAGUUAAGCUGCUUCUGAGUGCUGGAGCUCUACCCAAUCAGGACCCUGUAAACUGCCUGCAGAUAGCUCUCAGGAUGGGCAACUAUGAGCUCAUCAGUCUGUUACUGAGGCAUGGGGCCAAUGUGAAUUACUUCUGCAGAGUUAACCCUCUGCACUUCCCAUCAGCACUGCAAUACACACUGAAAGAUGAAGUCAUGCUCAGGAUGCUGUUAAACUAUGGAUAUGACACUGAGCGAUGCUUUGAUUGUCCUCAUGGGGAAAAGGUUCAUCGUUUUUGUGCUUUUGAAGGCUGGACAUCUACAGUUAUUAAAGAUACUAUGUUUUGUGAGGUCAUAACUUUGUCAUGGCUACAGCAUCUCUCUGGAAAAGUUGUUCGCGUGAUGCUUGAUUACGUCGAUCAAGUUCAAAUCUGUUCAAAACUGAAAGCUGUGCUCGAAAAACAGAACCUCUGGUCAGAAAUACAUUUUAUCUUGACAAACCCCCGUUCGCUAAAACAUUUGUGCCGCCUUAAGAUCCGGAAGUGUAUGGGACGAUUACGUUUGCGCUGCCCUGUCUUCAUGUCAUUUCUUCCACUGCCCAAUUGUCUAAAAGCUUAUGUCCUUUACAAAGAAUAUGACCUUUACGGACAAGAAAGUUUUACCGGAACCUGGUAAUUGUGCUCUACAGCAUUUUCUUAACAAUUUGCUUGUUGUUGGAUGAGUUUUUCUUUUCUUGGUAAUUAAAAUCUCAAUGUAGUCUACUCUGUUUAAAAAGGUUGUUCUGUGUGG